AUGCGUCAGGAUCAUGAGGAUGGAAGAGCCCGAGUCAUUAUGUAUGACAAAUCAAAAGAUUUUGCCUCAUGUAGCUGCAAAUUGUUUGAGAGUGCAGGAGUCCCAUGUAGACAUGUUCUAGCAUACUUACACAAGUUACAUCAAGUUCAUAAAUUGCCAGAUCAAUACAUUUUGAAGAGAUGGACAAAAUCUGCAAGAUCUGAGGUGGUGAUGGACAAGAUUGACAUGGAGAUAACUGUUAGGAAGUCCUUACUUGAAAAACGUGGUAUACUGUUCCAGCAAUAUUCACAUGUAAUUGAUAGCGUUGUCUUAAGUGAAGAAGCAAGUCAAUUUUUUCGUGAAACAAUGGAUUCUUUGAUUGAGAAGAUUAGGCCACUACUUGCCAAUAAUAGCAAUGAAGGUGUGGAGCCUUGUGCAAAAACAAGUUCAACUCAUCAGAUUGAUUUGAGAGAACUAGAUGAAGUUAAGACAAAAGGAAGGGCUAAAAGAAUUAAGAGAGGAAAAGAGAAGGAAAAUGGAAAACGCAACAGUUCCGGUAGACAUUGUCAUGGAUGUGGCAAAGAUGGGUAG